ACGAUGAAGACAUCACCGUUUAAGUUAAAAGCGGUGAAAACGUCACCGUCUUAGGGCAAAGCGAGGAACAUCUUCACCGCCUCAGGCUAAGGCGGUGAUUAUUUCCCACGUUUCCCAACCCUGGUAGGUGAAAAUUAGAUCACAACUACCUAAUGUUCACCGUUUGACACAAACGCAGUGAUGUUGUUCACCGUUUGAGACAAAGGCCGUGAAUGCUGACCGAUUUUCCUUUAAAUACCACUCCCACCAAAAGUUGUAAAAAUGCAAUCCCUCCCCCCUCUUCAAAUUUCAGCAGCCAAAACCGAGCAACAUACACAGAACGGGAAUUUUCGGUAUGAUUUAAUUUUCGUAUUAAUUCCUAAUGGUUGUUUUUAGUAGUUAUAUUGUUAUGUUAUGAAUGACUUAUCGUAGCAAAUAUGGCCGAUGUUAUGAAUUACUGGAAUUAUGCUAAUAGCUAUUUAUUGUAAAUUGUAGGUAUGGGUAAAUUCAAGAAGUUUCAGCUUAUUAUUCGGUGGAAUGGAAGGGUUACAAACUCUUACAUAGGGAUUGAUUAUGAGGACGGUGUAUCCACUAUGCUGAAAAUUGAGUCGCGAAUCAAUUUUCAAGAACUCUGUAAUAUUUGUGCAGACAGGGUUUGUACGAGCGGACAGACAAGACUUGGUAAAAUUAGUUACCGGUAUCCAUGUAUGAGUACUGGCGGGCUUGUGUGCCAAGAAGUUGUCAUAAACGAUGAUGACGCGGUUACGAUGGUGUUACAGUUCCUAAGCGAUAACAGGAUGCGGCAAGCAAAGGUGUAUGUUGAGACCGAGGCGGUUGGUGAAACUCAUUCUCGCCAGUAUUCUUAUGAUGAUGGUUUUGCAGGAGGGUACAGAUGGGGUGGUAGUUCGAGCAACUACGAAGGAGGUGGUUAUACAGGAGGUUAUGGAGAGGGUGGUAGUUCAAUCAACUACGGUGGAGGUAGUAGUGCAGGAUGGGUGCCAUUGGAAUAAUACUCGCAAUAGGAUCAACCUGCCGAUGGCGUUCAAUGGCCUGCUUGGGGGCCUGAGUGGUUGAUGUUUCACCGUCUUUUUUGGGCUUUCAAACCAUGCAUUGACCGGGUUUGUGUUCUGCAUACCAGUCAUUCAGGUAUUUUAAUACAUGUUUACUAUUUGA